AUGAACCUAGAUACUUUACCUUGCGAGAUAGUCACACGUUGCUUUUCUUACUUGAGCACAAAACUUCUCAUCAGCAUAUUACAGUUGGAGAACAUUCCAGAAAACAUAUUCCAAGCUGUAGCUGAGAAUUGCAAUAAUUUAUGGUAUUCAAAGCAAAUUCGAGGGGCUAAUAAACAAAGAAUUGAAGGUAUUGAAGCCCAUUAUGAAACGGACUUCGACCAGUUUCUACGUAUACGCGAAAUAAUUGAAAAGAAAUCACCUCAAUGCCCUCUUUGGUUUCAUUGUACUUGGGAAAACAUUCAUCAGAUGCACCAAACCCUCGAUGAAAUCAACUUUGUUUACAACAACCAAAAAUUGGGAAUUCAUGUCGACCUCAAAGACCUGACGUUUCGAGAUUACCCUCUAUUCUCAGACCAUGAUAUUAAUCUCAAGAUCACUUCCCUCUCAUUGGAUGUGCAUUUUGCUUCAUGUCUUGAUUUGAAUAGUUUCCCGAAAUUAGAAACAUUCUAUGGCAAAGAAUGCGAGAUAAUUGUCGACUACGCCCAUCCCAGCUUGAAGAAUUUAUACCUCAGUCAUGGGAUUUUCAGCACAUUACCAGUUAAUUUGAAAAAGUUGGUAGCGAAAGACUGCACCAUAAUAAUGAACGAACACCAUCCAAAACUAGAAACUCUUAGGGAGUUGAUUAUAGAAGACGCGAGGGCCCCUCACAAUUGCACCUUGCUACUCCAAGUACUCUGGAACAGAAAUUUGAAAACUUUUUCGUGUACCGGGUUACAUCCAUCAGAUACGACUGAAGUUCACUCCAUGAUUGGCCCCAAAGUGACAAAUCUUGGAUUGGAUGAUUCACAUCCGUCCACACUGCUACCCUAUUUAGUCUCCUUUGAUGGUACCGACCUCAACAAUAUGGCCAAUUUUAUUCAUGUUAGCUCUCUUACAUUGAGACAGCCUUGGGGAGACAUCAACGACUGUCAGUUACCGCCCAACUUACUGGAACUUAUAUUGGAGCUGCCUUCAGGUAAAAUUAGCAGCUUGAAAUUUCCACUGAACUUGCUCAAACUUUCGAUUACGAAUGGUAAGUUUGAAGACUUGUCCAACUUUAAUUUUCCGCCUGGAAUAGUCGAUCUCAACAUAGAGGCUUGUCAUAUCAAUCUGGCUUCCGGCUGCCUAAAACCAUCCCUACCAGCGCGAUUGAAGCGACUUUCACUUCAAGCUAAUAGCCUUUCAUCUUUCCGUGCCGUUCUUCCUUGCUGUGAAUACUUGAGCUUGAGCUACAAUGAAUUAACGGAAGUUCAGAUCGAAGCUCCCGUUCUUGAGCUUCUCGACUUGACCAAAAAUCAGUUAACCUCAAUUCCCAGACUUCCAGCUUGUCUUCAAGUACUUAUUCUUAGAGAAAAUAAGCUAGCUAUCUCCCAGAUGUCUGAAUUGCCUUCUAGUAUAAAGCUUUUAGACCUCUCGAGAGCUGAAUACCUAGCUCUUCAGAACUACACAUUUCCAUCAUCAGUACAAGAGCUAUACCUCUCUGAAAUAGAACUGUUAACUAUGAGUGGAGUCAAAUUUGCCAAAGGGUCAAAGUUGAAAGAAUUGGAUAUAACCAGGUCUCGUAUAACAAGAAUCGACGAUUCUUUUUCAUAUUCAAUUGACAACGGAAUGAUUGAGCUCCCUCCAGGCUUGAAAGUACUAAAAAUGCAGGGUACUUUUUUAAGUAACAUCAAGAAGUUGACUAUUCCGCAAACAGUUACUUUUCUAGAUUUGAGAGAUAAUGACUUGAACUCUUUCAAAGUUGAGACCCAUAUUGAGACAUUAUACCUCAAUGGAAACAAUUUAAAAAGGGAAUUUGUGGUACCAAACGGUCUGGAGCUAAGAGUCCUUGAUCUCACAAAUGCAGGGUAUUCAUUUGAUAUACUCAGAGCUGAGAAACUCAUACAAUUACGUCUAGGAGAGGACUAUGAAGUGAUUGAUAUUUCAAAGUUACCAGUAAAUUUUCAAAGAGACCAUACUGAGAGCCAUGAAAUGGGACUCCCCAGCUCUUCACCUUGGGACCUUUUCAGAAAUCAAUAUAAGUUCUCGUAUAUCAGACCCCCGAGAGAUAUAUCUAGAACUCUUAAUUCAAUGAACCAGGAACUGCCAUGGCUUUUUUUAAGAAAUCCAAUUUCAGAAGACAAUAUGAGCUCUCAUGUAUCAGAAACAUAUCUAAACAGAUUUCAGGAACUGCCAUUUCUUUCUUUGAGAAAUUCAACUCGAAUGCGAAACUGGCAAACCUCGAAUCUUGGCGUAGCGAGUCGGGGAUGGCUCCUUAGCUGA